AUGGAAAGCAGCUUUCUCAAACGCUUUAAAAUAAAGCUCAGCAAGCACAACGGAAACUUCGAUAUCCCCGUUUCAAUUCCAAUAGACAAAUCAAUAAAAGAUUCUCAAGUCUAUGGCUAUUUUGCAGCCCAAGCAAACCAAGAUUCAUCUUCUUUACUAUUAAAAAACCCGAAAAACUCAAGUGAAGCCUCCCCAAUUUUACCAAAAAUAAAAACAAGCGAAAAAAUCACAAUGAUUUCUAGUGCUUCACAAAAAAACGCCUGUAUUGUUGACGAUAAAAAAUUAAAAAGGAAUAGAAGACAGCAUUCAGAUUAUAUCCAAAGCAAUACAAAUAAGCUCUCACGUCGAAAUAUAAAAGUUAGCCAAUCAGUUGAUUUAAAAGAUAAAGAAGACUUAGACAUCUCUCAAGAAAAAACGGCAGAUGAAGAAAAAUAUAAAGCAACCCCAACGCCACCUAAAAGUAUUUCUCCAAUUCCUAAUAAUAACUCAGGGAAAUUUUCUUAUGCGUCAAGAAAUUCCACUGCAGAUUCUAUUAAGAGGUAUAAGCCGUAUACAAUGAAAGAUUAUAUAAGAAUAAGGCCAAGCAAAUAUAUUAUGCUAGGUGGACUAGGCCCAAAUAUUGGUAGCGAGAAUUGGAAAAGAGCUUCAGAAAUAAAAGAAAGAAUGUCAAAAUACUAUAAGCUAAUCCAAGAUAGCUAUCGAAGUGUAUAA